UCAUGGCUUCUUGGAUGAGGAAGUUUAUAUGCAGCAACCCCCUGGCUUCGAGGAUUCCCGUCGGCCUCAUUAUGUGUGCAAACUCCAAAAGGCGCUCUACGGCCUAAAACAGUCGCCUCGUGCCUGGUUUUCACGACUUAGCGACAGAUUAUUCCAGCUUGGUUUUCAGUCUUCCAAGGCCGACACCUCUCUUUUCCUGUUUCAUCAUGGGGGCGUCACUAUCUACAUGCUUGUGUACGUGGAUGACAUCGUGGUUGCUGGCUCUUCUCAAUCAGCAGUUGAUCAGUUGCUGCGCGCCCUGUCUUCCUCAUUUCCGAUCAAAGAUCUUGGACAGCUGCACUAUUUUCUAGGGAUUGAAGUCGUCUACAAUUCAGGGGGAAUCACCUUGAUGCAGCACAAAUAUGCUUCUGACCUUCUUCACCGAGCUCACAUGGAGAAUUGUAAGAGCGUUUCAACCCCCAUGUCUGUCACAGAUAAGCUUGCUCGUGAUUGUGGAACAGUGCUGGAUGAUGAUGAUGCUUUCAAAUAUCGAAGCAUGGUAGGAGGUUUGCAAUAUCUUACAUUAACAAGGCCAGAUAUUUCUUUUGCCGUUAAUAAGGUAUGUCAAUAUCUUUCCAAGCCCACUGAUGUACAUUGGGAGGCAGUCAAACGUAUCUUAAGAUAUGUCAAGGGAACAGCUGCUACGGGACUUUACCUCCGGCGCUCCAACUCUACACUUCUGAGUGUGUUUACAGAUGCCGAUUGGGCUGGCUGCAUGGAUGAUCGCAGGUCUACUGGAGGUUUUGCAGUAUUUCUAGGUCCCAACCUGAUUUCAUGGAGCUCACGCAAGCAACCCACAGUAUCUCGGUCCAGCACUGAAGCUGAGUACAAGGCCUUGGCUAAUGGGACAGCUGAAGCAACAUGGGUACAAUCCUUGCUGAAAGAAUUGGAUGUGUGUCAGCCGCGACCACCAGUAUUAUGGUGUGAUAACCUUGGAGCUACCUAUUUAACAGCAAAUCCAGUGUUUCAUGCACGAACGAAGCACAUAGAGGUGGAUUUCCAUUUUGUCAGGGAGAAGGUUGCAUUGGGCACUCUUGAUGUCCGAUUUGUAUCUUCCAAAGAUCAGGUAGCUGAUGGAUUCACCAAGCCAGCCACUCGCUACAUGCUUGAUCGCCUACGACACAAUCUGAACCUUGUCAUGGUUAAGAUUGAGGGGGAAUGUAAACAAGGUAGUUAGCCCAAUCGAAUAGGCAUGUAAAUCAUAGCAUGAUUGUAGGGAUUGUAAACAAGGUAGUUAGCAAUCCUAUAGGCAUGUAAAUCAUGGCAUAGCUUGAUUGUAGGGAUUGGGCUGUUAUAUAGGAUCUGAUUGUUAGGAUUUGUUGUAAUCCCUACCUUGUACAAAUUGUCUAUAUAAAGAGAAUGAAACCCACGGGGAAAUUGUGAA